AUGACCUCGAUCCCAUCUCAGUCGGGCGUUCAACAAGGACAGAGCACCGCUACUACCGCUUCCUCCCAGCCCUCUUCAACCCCCUUGGCCACUCAGCCAGUUAAGUCCUACGCCAACGCCACGAAGAAAUCCGCGGACUCACCCGCGACCGUCACUGUGGGUGGCUCAGCGCAACAUGGGAAGUCGAGUUCGGUCUCUCCUGUGAACGGCAAACCCAUGCAAAACCAACAGGCAUCGGGGGUGACCAUCGUCAAUGGUGCCCCGACUGCUCCUGCCCAGGACCACUCUCGCAAGCCUUCUGUGACCAUCACAUCUGCUGGUACCUCUGGAUACAUGCCCAACGGUGGACCUGCUAGCCGGCCCAACAGCAUUCAGUUCGGUUUCACCAACCCGCAGAGCUCACCCAACAUGGGUAAUCCUGCUGUUCUCUCCAACCAGUCGCAGUCCAACCUGGGUGCUCCCUCGGGCAACCCGAGAAUCACUUCUCCUCAGACCUCGCCUUCCCCCAUUCCACAACCCGCAUCAAGCGGCGGUCGCCCACCCUCAACUUACCAGGCACAAGGAAACGUCCCGAACUUUGGAAGCUUCGGUGAAACCGGUGAAAAUAACGUAUGUCCCACAUCCUUUGGUUUUUUCGAUACAUACGGAUCCUUCAUUGUUGAUAUGCGCGAAGACGCGACCGCGCAACAACUCCUUCUCCAACGUCCCCAUUUUAAUCAUUCUUUUUACUUACAGAUGCGCCCAUCUCCGCAGGCACCCCUUGGCCCAAGUUCUCACUUGCGCCGCGACUCCGCUCAGUCUGCCCACAGCGACAUGAGCAACCAUAUGGUAGGUAGUGGUCCUGGCCGUGGCGGCUACCCUCACCAGGGUGGACGCGGUCGUGGAUAUUCCCAGUCUGGUUACCAAGGCCCGAUACAAUAUUCGCCCGGUCCGAACUUCCGUCAACCCAACAACCAACCUCGCGGUGGUCACAACAUGGGUCCUCAAUUCCACGGCCCUAACCAAGGCCGUCCGUUGGCCCCCUUCCCUAACUCGCCACAUCAAGCAAACCGCAGCCCGGCGAUCCCCAACGCGCACCCUACCACACCGCAAAUGAACCCUGUACCGAUGGCCCAUCCCCAAAUGCAACCGCAAUACGGCUAUCCCCAGUCUGUGAGAUCUCCCCCUUUGAACAGUGGUCGUAGCUGGUGGCCGUCGGGAGAGGCUCAACUCAACUUUGACUUCGCUCACGCCCCUCUAUAUAUCCCUGAUCAGGCGAUGGACCUCGCGCCAGAGAGCGGCUAUUUUGAACAAUAUCUAAUGGAAAUGAAACAACAACAGGCUUAUCCCCCGGCUUACGAUCCCAACUAUGGCUACUACCCCGGUGGCGGAUACAUGCAGCCGAUGCAGUACAUGCCUCCGUCACCUCAACCCCGCCCCGGCAUGCCCUACAACCCUCAGCCUGGUUACAUGGGCGGACAGUACCCCGUUCAACCUCCUCCGCAGUCGACCCCCCUCUCGCGUACUCCGUCCCAGAUGUCUACUGACCGACCAGGCUCUAGUCUGGGCCAGGGCCCUGCAGCCACUGGUCCUUCGGCUCCUGGUCACUCUCACAGAUCGUCUAACAGCCCUGCCCCCUCCAGCAAGCCGCAAUUCGUCAUCCCCUCGACCAAGCGAGUGGCCAUUGUCAUCAAGGACCCUGGUAGUGGUGCUGUGAAGACCUUUGACAAAGCCCCUGCUUCUCCCGCUCGUGCUACUCCUUCUCCAGUCAAGACAUCCACUCCUCCCCCGCGAACCUCGAGUGCUUCUGAGCACACUCGGGCCGACAGCAAGGCUACUAACAUCAAGUCCGACGAGGAGAAAAAGCAGGCACUGAAAGAGGCUGUGCGCCAGAAGAUUCUGCAGGAUGAAAUCGCAGCCAAGAAGCUUGAAGCUGAAGCUGCCGCCGCUGCCGCCGCUACGGCUGCCGCUGCUGCCGCUGCAGCUGCAGCUGCAGCCCCCGCAGUUCCCGCACCGGAAGCAUCAGAAGAGAAGUCUGCCCCCGUUGAGGAGAAGAAGGCGCCAGCCCCCGCUCCCGUUGAGGAGGAGAUUGACUACGAUGCCAUCGAGCGCGAGAUGGCUGAGAUUGAAGCUAAGGAGCGUGCUGCUGAAGAGGACUAUAACCGCAAGAAGCAGGAAAAGAAGGAGGAAGCUGAGCGCAAGGCACGCGAGGAGCGUGAGUCCUAUGAAGCCAACAUGAAAAAGGCUGAAAAGGAGGCUGAGGAGCGAGAGAUUGCCCUCGAGGCCGCCCGCGCUAAGGGCGACACCACCGAGGAAGAUGCCAGUCGCAAGGAACGCGAAGAUCUCUUUGCCUCCCUCAAGAAGGGCGGUUUCGGCGCAACUGAGACCUCUACCCCAGCUGACAGUGGUGCUGCUACCCCCGUUUCAUCUGACAUGGGCCCCCCUUCUAAGCCCGCCAGUGCUACUGUUAAGAAGCCUACUGGUCUGAAGCUUGAUACUCCCAAGGCUACUGAGCCCAGUGCGUCCAUGAAGGCUUUGCAAAAUGCCAAGCUUCUUGAGGAUCUCAGCAGCGUUACCUACCCGUCCUCCAUCAACGGCCCCAACGCUGCCUUGAACUCCAGCGCCACGGCUGGUCGCCGAUUCCACUACGACCUUAACUUCUUGCUUCAGUUCCAGGCCGCGUACAAGGACAAGCCGUCUGUUGAUUGGGAUGCCCGUAUCCGCGAUACCGUUGGUGACAAGGACCAGUCAGCCCGAACCCCAAUGGGCUCCCGCAGCGGCUCUAAACACGGCCCUUCAUCUGGUUUCCCCGGUCCGAUGGGCGCCGGCUCCAUUUUCCCUCACGGAGGCCGUCCCGGAACUUCCAUGGGCCCUCGAAACUCUCAUCCUUUCCCCGGUCCUUUCCCGAACACCCGACCCGGCAACAUGGGUAUGCCUCCUUCUCGCACCAAUACUAAUAGCAUUUCUCGCCAAGGCACUGGUAGUAAGAAUGGUCCCCGUGGCGGCAGCAAACAACCGCGCGGAAUGAAGAAUGAGCAAGAUCCCAACAGGACCAUGCCUCUCACCGCCGGUAUGGACUUGAAGGCUAUUCAAGUCUCUGCCACUGGCUGGAAGCCCCGCAGUGUCGGCCAAUCUAGCGCUGGCCCUGCUCCUGGUGGUGAAGGCUACAUGGCACCUGAUGUCGUGCAGCGAAAGGUCAAGGCUGCUCUCAACAAGAUGACUCCCGAAAAGUUCGACCGCAUCUCAUCUCAAAUUCUGGAAAUUGUUUCUCAGUCAAAGGAAGAGUCAGAUGGCCGCACUCUCCGACAGGUCAUCCAGCUCACCUUCGAGAAGGCUACCGAUGAAGCUCACUGGGCCCCGAUGUAUGCCAAGUUCUGCAAGGCUAUGCUUGAGAGCAUGAGCGCAGAGAUCAAGGACGAGAACAUUCGUGACAAGUCCGGCGCCGUCGUCACCGGUGGCAGUCUCUUCCGCAAGUACCUGCUCAACCGCUGCCAGGAGGAGUUUGAGCGUGGUUGGAAGGUCAACCUGCCCGAGAAGCCAGAGGGUGUCACUGAGGAGAUCGCUAUGAUGUCCGAUGAGUACUACGUGGCUGCUGCCGCUAAGCGACGUGGUCUUGGUCUGGUCAAGUUUAUUGGUGAGCUGUACAAGCUGGGUAUGUUGACUGAGCGUAUCAUGCACGAGUGUGUGAAGAAGCUUGUCGACUACGAGGGUAUUCCCGACGAGGCUGAGGUGGAGAGCUUGACCAGUCUCCUGCGCACCAUCGGUGCCAGCCUGGACGCUUCGGAGAAGGGUCCCGCUAUGAUGGACGCCUACUUCGCCCGCAUCAACCUUAUGAUGGAGACCCCUGGUCUUCCCAGUCGUCUUAAGUUUAUGCUUUUGGAUAUUAUCGAUCUGCGCAACUCGCGUUGGAACUCCAAGGAUGCCGACAAGGGUCCCAAGACCAUUCAACAGAUUCGUGAAGAGGCUGCCCGUGCCCAGCAAGCUGCGGAGGCUGAGCGCGCUCGCCAGCAGGCCAACCGUGGCGGUGGUGGUGGCGGUGGUCGCCCUGCCAUGGGCCCCCCUCCAGACUAUGCCUCCAGCAAGGUUGGCAGUGACGAUCUCCGUCGUCUGCGUUCCAACCGCACAACCAACCAGCCCAUGUCAUUCGGCCCGUCGAGCCUCCUGGGCUCUCGCAGCAGCAGCCGCAAGAACCUGGGCCCGGGUGGUAACCUUGUUCGGGGUAGCGAUGACAGCGCUGCUAGCAGCCGCACUGGCACCCCUCCUGCCGGAAAGAAGGAGGAAUCCUCGUCAAUCAACGCUUUCAGUGCUCUCGCAGCUCUCGAAGACCGUGACAACAUGGCUACCUCACCCCCAUCCGCCCACACUUCCCCCGUUCUUACCAAGUCUCAACCUGCCGCUGCCGCAAAGGAUGGCGAGAAUGCAUAG